AUGGCUUACUUCAUUGACGGCAAGGACUGCAUGAUCUCGGAAUGGAUUUUGUUGAUCCUCGCCUACGCUUUUGUUGCCGCGCGCAUCUACACGCGUCUGAUCAAGCUCCGUGAGAAGUUGAACUGGGCAGACUGGCUGUUGAUUGCCUCCGCGAUUGAUGCUUUGGGUCUGAUAAUAUGCGACACUCUCACCUACCGGAUGGGUGUGCUAGAUGAUUAUGUACCCUCUGUCAAACUUUCCAAAAUCUCGUUCUCGUCCAACUAUUUCUACGACUUCGGCAUGGGCUUCCCUAAACUCAGUAUGCUAGCUUUCUACUGGGCGUUCUUCGACUUCCACGCUAGGCCUGCGAUGCGCAAGAUGCUUUGGGGGUUCACUGGCUUCGUCAUCAUCUGCUACCUGACCAUCCUCUUCGACGACACCUUCUUCUGUGGAACACCGGUCUCAGUUCAAUGGUCCCAGGAAGACGGCGCUUGCUCUGUCUUCUAUGCGCCUGAGCCAUUCAUCCUGAACUUCACCCUCAAUCUGGCAUGCUACCUUGUGGUAUACGCCAUUCCCCUGAUUCUGCUUUCCCAGGGCAUUCUCAGGGCUUCGAAAGGCGUCACUCUUACGUUCGUGUUGGGAGGUCUGACCAUCGCGUCCAGCAUCGUGCGUUUUGUCACCCUCAAAGUGGGCACCGGGCAAGAGAAUCUCGUUUACCCUCUCAGUAUGCUCGAAAUGGCGCUCUCGAUCAUUGUUGUCGCGCUCCCCGGCCUUAAGCCACUCCUCGGAGGAAUAAGCGGCAACCACUCCGGACCACACGAUUCAGUAGAAUACCGGGAUGAAUCGAAGGCAGGCAUGGCAUAG